AUGAGGAUCAUCUCUGACGAACAAGUCAAGAGCCAGAUCCUUGGACGUAUCACGUUGUCGGCGUUGUUGCAUUCGCAGGCGAUCGCAUUGCAGUGUCUGUUGACGUCGCAAGAUUUGUCAAGUGGACAAGUUGGAGCGCAAUGUCCACCGAGAUUAGCGUUACGUACGCCGAUGCAUACGCAGCUGUUGAUGCCGGCACGAACAACGACGUCGGAUAGCGUGAUCAAGAUUGUCUCUGUGCCGCUCGCCACAAGUCAAACUCGAUCUGGCGUGAUUGGUACCAAUCUGGUUUUGGACGAUGCAACAGCAAGCGUUUCUCAUGUGGUGGGUUCAAGCUGCUUGACCGCGCUCAGGACGGCUGCUGGAUCGUUGAUCAGCUCGAUCUUGGCGCUGGGUGAUCAAAAGCACAAGGUGCAUCAGUGUCUCGUCUUCGGAGACGGUGCGCAGGCGCUCUUUCACGUCUGGUUGCAUCUGCGAUAUUUCACCAACUUGACUGAUGUUGUCCUUGUCGUCGGUAAUCACAGACACUUGACACUGGAGCAGCUCAAGCAAAAGGAGGACACGUUUCGCAACCAGCUGCGAGAGCUUUGCCAACUCUCUCCCGACCGUAUCGCUUCGUGGCAGAUACAAUGCAUCCAUGCGCAAAACCAAGAUCAACUCCAACAGGCGUUGCAACAGUCUACACUCGUGUUCACAUGCACACCUUCGACUACGCCGCUCUUUGCAUACGAGUACCUUGGCGACCGUACACGCAAGCACAUCUGUGCUGUGGGAUCCUACACUGGACAAAUGUGCGAGUUGCCGCGCGAGCUGGUUUUGGUAGCAUCCGAAUCCAGCUGCGCGCUCAUGGUCGAUAGCAUCGAUGCAUGCUGCCACGAAGCCGGCUGUUUGUUGCAAGCCAUACCAGACACAGACCAGCUUAGACAGACGUGUGUGGAGCUGGCCAAGCUCGCACCUUUGGCCAACAGCGACCAAAACGACGCACAGAGCUAUCUGGACCGUCUGGACAAGCUUGUCGCGCAGCAGAGCCAUGCGUCGAAACACAAUGCACAUGCAAUGCUGCACAGGAGCGUGGGCGUGAGCGUGUUCAAGUCGGUCGGCGUAGCGUUGCAAGAUGUCGAGGUCACCAAAUUGGUGGUUAGUCUGGCGGGAGAUGUGGGCACCGACGUCUCGUUUUAA